AUGGCUGGGUUGGAACUUAAGUUCGCGAACGUGAUUUUUCGUCAUGGAGAUCGAGCUCCGGAGAACGAUCCCUACGAAUCAUUUCCAACGAGUCCAUAUUCAGAAUCGAAUUUCCAUCCUUAUGGUUACGGACAAUUGACCAAUAAAGGAAAACAGCGUGCAUAUGAUCUUGGCAGACACAUUCGUAAACAAUAUGGCGAAUUCUUGGGGGAUGUAUACGAUCCAAAUGUUGUAUUCACACGCAGCACUGAUUUGGACAGAACCAAGAUGUCUCUGCAAUCGGUGAUGGCUGGUAUCUUCUCCCCUCCAGCUGAAAUAAAGUGGAGUCCAGAAUUGAAUUUAGAAAAUAUUGAAUUGAAUUACCUGCCAUGGGACAGAGAUAUCCUCCUGCUGCCCGUCGUCAGUUCAAAAUUCAAAGAAGCGUUGUGCGCCGUCGAGAAUCUCCCCGAAGUGCGGAAGGAAGUAGAAAAAUUCCAUGGCUUCCUGGAGGAUCUCUCCAGAUGGACUGGCAGCAAAAUCGAGACUAUGAAAAAUUGUGGUAGUGUUUAUCAGGGUUUAUCAGCAUUACAAUCCAUGGAACUUGAGCUUCCUGAAUGGGCAGCUGGAAUCUUUCCCAAUGGGAUGCUGUCAGAUGCUGCUUAUCUGCAUUAUCGAAUCCAGAGUUACAGUAGAAGAUUGAGAGCUUUGAAUGGAGGAAUGCUUCUGAAGAACUUCACGGAGAGUAUGUUGGCUGCAGUUAAAAGAGAUGCAUCAUCACAACGGAAAAUUGUAUUACUGAGUGGUCACGACACAAAUAUUGCUGGUCUUUUAGCUAUUCUUGGGGUUUAUGAAGCCCAUGUGCCAGAAUAUUGCAGCGCAAUCUUCGUUGAUUUACUGGCGAGGAAUGAUGAACACUUCGUCAGCGUGAGUGUCAAUCCUCCAUUGAUCCAUUAUUAUUCGGGGACUUCAGCAAAGCGAACAGCACUGCGACUACCCGGUUGUGAAGAACUAUGUCCUCUGAAGACUUUUAUAGAACUAUUCAGUGAUGCUCUACCCACAGGAAUGCUGCUGAAGAACUUCACGAAGAAUAUGUUGGUUGCAGUCAAAACAGAUGCACCGUCACAACAAAAAAUUGUAUUACUGAGUAGUCACGACACAAAUAUUACUGGUCUUUUAGCAAUUCUUGGGGUUUAUGAAGCCCAUGUGCCAGAAUAUUGCAGCGAAAUCUUCGUUGAUUUACUGGCGAAGAAUGAUGAACACUUCGUCAGCAACUUCACGAAGAAUAUGUUGGUUGCAGUCAAAACAGAUGCACCAUCACAACAAAAAAUUGUAUUACUGAGUAGUCACGACACAAAUAUUACUGGUCUUUCAGCAAUUCUUGGGGUUUAUGAAGCCCAUGUGCCAGAAUAUUGCAGCGAAAUCUUCGUUGAUUUACUGGCGAAGAAUGAUGAACACUUCGUCAGCAUCCAUUAUUAUUCGGGGGCUUCAGCAAAGCGAACAGCACUGAGACUACCCGGUUGUGAAGAACUAUGUCCUCUGAAGACUUUUAUAGAACUAUUUAGUGAUGCUCUACCCACAGGCGCAGUUAAAUUCGGUGCAGUCAUGCCUGAAGCCCCGAAGAUUUUCCGACAAUCUGCCCUAGUUUUGGAUAAAUAUGUUCAGAGUGUCGUUUUGAUUGUCUGUGUUAUCAUAAUGUCAGUUAUUAUUUGUUAUUCCAUAGCUUUUCUUGUGUCGUCCUUCGGGGAGACAGAAGGAUUUGAAUACAAGCUCGUGGGCGUGAUUUUUCGCCAUGGAGAUCGAACUCCGGAUAAUCAUGACCAUGAAGUUUUUCCAACGAGUCCAUAUUCUGAAUUGGCUUUCUAUCCUUACGGCUAUGGACAAUUGACCAAUAGAGGAAAACAACGUGCUUAUGAACUUGGCUUACACAUACGCGAUAAAUAUGAUAAAUUCUUGGGGGAUAUAUAUCAUCCUCAUGCAGUAUUUGCGCAGAGUUCUUAUUACGACAGAUCAAAAAUGUCUCUGCAAAUGGUGAUGGCAGCUAUCUUCCCGCCAGCAGCUGUUCAAAUGUGGAAUUCAACAUUGAAUUGGCAGCCAGUUGUCAUGAAUUAUGCACCACGUUAUCGAGAUAAUCUGCUUGCCAUCAUCAACUGCUCAAAUUUUGUGGAGGAGCUCUACAGCGUACUGAAACUCCCCGAAGUUGAAGAGGAAUUAGAAAAAUUAAGUGACCUUCGGAAGGAUCUCUCUGAAUGGACAGGGGUACCAAUGAAUAAUCUACUCGAUUUAGGCUACCUUUAUCACGGUUUAACAGCUUUACAGUCCAUGGGGCUUAAGCUUCCUGAAUGGACUUCUGGCAUCUUUCCGGAUGGAAUAUUAUCGGAUGUUACCGUUAUGGGGUAUCGAUUUAUCAGCUCCACUCCAAGAAUGAAAACUUUGGUUGGAGGAAGGAUUUUGAAGAACUUCAUAGAUAUUAUGCGGGCUGUAAUGAAAGGUGAUGGUGAAUCAAAACGAAAAAUGAUAUUGCUGAGUGGUCACGAUCUGAAUGUCUCCUCUCUCCUAUCAAUUAUCGGUUAUAAACCUCAUGUGCCGGAAUAUUCGAGUGCAGUUUUCGUUGAAUUACUGGCGAACGGUGGUAAUUAUUACAUCAGCGUUCAGUACUAUCUGGGGAUUCCGCCGAAGACAAUACCAAUAAAAAUACCUGGUUGUGGAGAAGUAUGCCCUUUCAAUAAGUUUAUCGAAUUAUUCGGGGGCGUCCUACCCACGGAGGAGGAUUUGGUGUGUUGAAAAUGAGGGAUUGUUAGGAGACUGAUGUAUUAAGAGUUAAUUGAAACUAUGAUGAUUAAAAAGUUUGACAUUUGUAA